AUGCCUAGUCUUUCGACCUCGAUCGUUUCCGGUGUUGCCGUCCUCAUGGUCAUCGGAGGAGCUGCUGCGAGUGCCGUCCUUCCUCAAACUCAGACUCGAAACAUCACGGUGGCCUGCCCCGGCGGGCACUGUGACAGUGAGAGCUAUCGCUCCCUCCCUAUCAUGGCUCGAGGAGAUGCGGAGGGCUUCGUGGAUGCCACCGACGACGAGCUAGACUCGUCCGCGGACAACGAUGCCACUGUCGAUACCUGCUACAAUAGAUCCCAAUGCGAAGUGGGAUACACAUGCCUCAAUAGUCGUUGCACUCUGAGCUGCAUUACCGACAGUGACUGCUCCCGUCUGCAUACAUGUGCCAAUGGGACAUGCAUGGAUCCUCGUGGCGGAGCAUGCCUUUCGAACAGAAACCGCUGCACUCAUGACUACCAGUGCUGCUCCGGCCGAUGCGAUCGGUUUGCCUCUGUGUUCGGCAGCAAGAAGUGCAGAAGCUCCAUCAAAAUCUUUCCCUGA